AUGACUGUAUCAAACAUUGAGCCUAAAAAUCAAGCCAAAGAGGAGCAACCAGCAUCCUCCUCCACUAUGAUUGCUACCAAAAAAGACUUGAUUAAAAAGAAACCCCACAACAAAUACAACAAUAACAAUAACAACAACAACAGGAUGAGACCAAACUACAGCAAAUACAACAGUAAUAAUCGAGAUGACUAUGCGCGCUUCUAUCCAAAUCAGCCAUUGAAAUCAGAUUAUCCAAUGCCGUACGUCUACUACUACCCGCCUCACCCCAGCAUGUACUAUCCGCCGCUUGACACUGCCUCUAGUGCUGGUGCUACUGCUGGUGUUGCCACUGCAUCAGCUACCAUUCCUUCAACGCGUGACGACGAUGAUUUAGAAAUCAUUGUGCAUGAUGAAAGCUUGAAUAAUGUAAGCUCCGUAGACACAAGAAGACCAUCCAGCUCCGAUCAGAAUAAGCCCAUCGAUCUAAAAAAACAACUAGAAUUCUACUUUUCCAGACAAAAUUUGGUCAAUGACACCUUUUUAAUGUCUCAGAUGGACGCUGAUUUAUACGUUCCAAUAUCGCUGGUAGCCAAUUUUAAACGUGUACGUGAAUGGACAACGGAUGUAGACCUCAUCGUUCAAACACUACGAGGCUCGUCAGCUGUCACUGUGGAUGAAUCAGGAACCAGAGUCAAGCCUAAUAUAUCAGUACAACGAAAUACAGUCAUCUUGAGAGACGUGCCUGAAUGUACACAGGAAGAGAUCAACGACUUGCUGAAAGAGCUGAAUUCGCCUCCCGUUCAGUCGAUAAAGCAAGAUAUUGGAAACAUGUGGUAUUUCACUUUUGAAUCAGAGGACGAUGCCUUGGAACUGCUACUUGGGGUAAGAGGGAAAUCAUUCAAGGGCCAGGCAAUUGCUGCUAGAAUGAAAUCUGAGCCAGUCUUGCGAGUCCAAAAUCGUGCUUUUGCCGCUACUAGUGCUGCUGCGGUUUCUGCUCCUUCUUUUACACAUCAAAAUAUUAAAGCAGAAAGCCAGGAUUCAUCAGCAGCAAUAACAUCACAUGAAUCAUCAGUAGCACUGCCUGAAUUACCACCUGUUUACGCUUAUAGUUAUGCUGGAAUGAAUGGAGGCAAUCUUUACUAUCCUUCGUAUCCAUCGUACAACAGCAGCAAGCGGAUUAACUAUGGACAUGGCCCGUCUCGAUACAGUAAUAAUCAUCAGCCACAUCCCAAGUACAACAAUGGUUAUCAGCAACAGCAGCAACACUACCACUAUCAGCCGCCUGCUUCUGUGCCAAAUCGACAUGAGGGCAGCAAAUCGUUUAUUGACAAUCAGAAGAACAUUCAAGUAGGUAGUCGAUCAGCACGUGGUGGGUACAAUACGAAUAAACCGAGGUAUUUUCGAAAUGGACCGGAUGCCUAUACCACAGACAGCCAUGUAGUGGAAACUGGCUUCCAUAAGCUCACCAUGAAUGACAUUGUAUCCCAUCCAUCCCCACCACUGCCAUCACAACCACAGACGCGAGCUCAGCACAGCACGCAGCAGCAGCAGCGACAGCCACCCACUACAUACCAAAACAACAAGCACCAAUACCAUACCAAGAGCGGCAAUCACAGCAAAUUUGCCAACAACAAAAAUAGCAAUAUUCACCAUAGCCAACAGCAACAAUCCAAUGUUCCAUAUACAAAGUCAAAUUAUACCUCCAAUGAUGCUGCUGCUCCUUUUUCCAACACUAACACCAACGCAACUGCAGGCACUACCAAUAAGAAUAAUAAUAGAAACGGCAAUCCACAAUCCAAUCCACCUUUAGUGCAACCACAGCAACAGCAACAGAGCAAGAAAAAGGGCCGUCAUAGUAAUAACCAGCACCAACACGAUAGCAACUCCAAUACACAUCAUGCAGGUGGAAGUAAAAUAGAUAACAAAAAGAAGAAGAGCAACAACAAAUCAACUGCUCGAGAAUCCAAGGAGAACACCAAGAAGGAAAAGCAGGAAGUUGAUUUGAAACCAACUCAUUUCCCUCCAUUGCCUAGCCAGCAGCUACUUACCACCAUAGCAGCAGCAGCAGCAGCAACAGCAGCAGCAGAUCAACCAUUACCACCAGCAAGAUCCGUUGCCGAUAUUGUCAAAUCAACCGUUGCACCUAAAAAAAAGCAGAUGCCAGUGGAGCAGCCCAAAAAAGAGCAGCAGCCCAAAAAAGAGCAGCAGCCAGUGCGUCCUCCCACCACUGCACCAGCUGCUAUUACUCCUUCUCCCACUACUCCUGCUGAACAAAAGACGGCCAAUACGUUUAGCUAUGCUGACAUGUUGAAGAGAAAGGACCAUUGA